UAACCCUUGCCGGAUCAGGAAGUAGUCUUGGAAUUUGUUAGCAAUUUCUUUGGUAGGCUCUGGGCAGUGUCAGGAAUCUUCUGGUCUGUGGCAGUCGGUUGUGCCUUUUCUGGACUCCAGAACAAUUCGCACAGAAUCGUAAACCAGUGGGUCCCAGAGGCACAACCAGGUAGAAAACCAAACAGUGACGCAAAGCCACCAUGUCAUCAACAUCCCAAAAGCACAAGGAGUUUGUCGCUGAGCCCAUGGGAGAGAAGCCAGUUAUGGCAUUGGCUGGAAUUGGCGAGGUGUUGGGAAAGAGGCUAGAGGAAAGGGGCUUUGACAAGGCAUACGUGGUCCUGGGGCAGUUCCUAGUGCUGAGGAAGGAUGACGAACUGUUCCGGGAUUGGCUAAAGGAUGCGUGUGGUGCAAACGCCAAGCAGCAGAGAGAUUGCUAUGGGUGCCUGCGAGAAUGGUGCGACUCCUUUCUGUAGUACUGUCUUCCCAAAUAUGCUAUCAGCACUGUGUCUGUGGUUACACAGAAUCCAAGUGUCCUCACAGUUCUUUCUCUCUCCUGUGUUCACAUGUCUGUGUACAGUUUACAUGCAACCCAACUCACACCCAUCUUGCAUGAUCUGUGUACGCAAUGUACAUUUUAACACUGUGAACUGGUUUAAGUCAGAAAUUUGACUUGCAUGCUAAUCUUUAAGCGCAAGUGAAUUGAAAAUGGUUUGCAGCAGUUGUAGUCUCCGUUUCUUACAAUGAAAAAAACAUUUUUUUUAGGUGCUUCUUCAGUAAUUUUAUUGGUGGGUGAGUCAAUUGUGAUUGGGGUUCUUUCCAUACCUCUUUAAUGAUAUGUGGUAUUAUGGAAGAGAGAGGGAACUUUUUUUCAACUGCAAUGUAUACGUUUUUCCAUGUGUGCAACUUAGUAUAGAGAAUUUAACAAAAAAUGUCUAUUAACAAAAUUGUAUAUUUUCAUACAAGAUGACUACGGCGCAUCUCCCUGUCAUAUAAGAACAUGGGCAUGUUUUUAGAGAACAGGCUAUUCAGUUAAUCUCGGUUUAUUUCUCUUAUGCAUAAUUGAUCUGUUUAAUUUUUUUAUUGUUUUCAGCUAAAUUACAUUUAAAGUUAAAUUUUAAAGCUAAACUGAUUUUAAACUUGAAGUAAAACCGUUACAUUGUACUGCAUUGUGCUCCCUGCCCUGUUUGUGUGAAUUGUGCUCUCAAGCUACAAUCUUGUACAUUGACAAGUUAUUUGAAAUUAUGGUUGUAUCAUUUUAGUGCAACACGCAUCUAACUAUUAAAGUUGCAAAAAUCCUUUUGCUGUAUGUUUAAAUGAUAAAUUCCAUUCUGUCUGAACCAUCCUUAAAGAUGGGGAUGGGGAAGACUUGCUGCUGUCAUGAAUGUUCUAAAAAAAAUAUAAACAGUUCUAAAAGGUUUAACUGAUUAUAAAAACUGAUUAGCAAGGGUAAUGGGAAUUAAAAAUAUAUUAUCCACUGUAUCACAGAAUAUGUCCAGCAAUAUUUGACUGUUUCCUGUAAUUUCUAUUUUUAAAGAAUUGUUUGCAUUAAAAUUAAAUGUAAUGGGU